UGCAAAGCCAUGCUGUCUGAGGAAUUAUGUGGGCUGCAAUGUAAACACUGAGUUCUUGAAGCCUAAAUAAGUCAAUAGACCUACUAUUGACUUAACAACCACUAUGAAGCCUGUAUUCAGAGACUUGCCUCUUCUAAACAGAAGCCUUCUUUAGCUUAAACAUUAUAGACUUAAAGACUCCUCCCAGGAAAAGGCGUUGCAAUCUCUUAUCAGCUGUUUUGAGAAACAUGGAGAAGCUGGUGCUGUGAAACUGCUGUGAUUGCAAGGUUCAUGGCUCUGGAAGAGAAAGAUGGUCUUGCUGUGACAUGGUUAAGCUCUUUCCGCUGCCUUUGACUCGUGACCUUUUGAAGAAAUAUAAUCCUGUUGGAUCUUACUGGUGUCACUCCACGGCAAAAAUGUCUAAGAAGACACUUCAGGCUCGGAGACUGGAGGGCACAGAUGCAAAUAUCUGGGUGAAGUUUGUCACCUUGACUGCUGCUCACAAAGCAGUGAACCUAGGCCAAGGAUUUCCCAACUUCCCCCCACCAGACUUUGUCAAGGAUGCCUUUGUGGAAGCUGUUGGAAGAAAGGAUACCUUGAUGCACCAGUAUACCCGUGCUUUUGGGCAUCCACGUCUGGUGGCAGUCUUGGCUCGCUUGUUUGGGAAACUGCUUGGGCGAGAGCUUGACCCAGAGACGAAUGUCCUAGUCACUGUGGGAGCCUACCAGUCUCUCUUCUGCUGCUUCCAGGCUUUGGUGGAUGAAGGAGAUGAGGUUAUUAUAAUUGAGCCGUACUUCGACUGCUAUGAGCCAAUGGUGAAAAUGGCUGGUGGGACGCCAGUGUUCAUACCUCUACGACUAAAGGUUGCAGAAACUGGAAAGCUUAUUUCAAGCAGAGACUGGCAACUAGAUCCAGCAGAGUUAGAGGCCAAGUUCACUACGCGAACCAAAGCCAUAGUCUUGAAUUCUCCUAACAACCCGUUGGGGAAGGUGUUCAGCCGGAAGGAGCUGGAGAUCAUUGCAAACCUGUGUGUGAAACAUGAUGUCCUAUGCUUCAGUGAUGAGGUAUAUGAGUGGCUGGUCUAUGAUGGGAAUGAGCACAUCCGGAUAGCCAGUUUGCCAGGGAUGUGGGAGCGUACUUUAACUAUUGGGAGUGCUGGCAAAACCUUCAGUGCCACAGGCUGGAAGGUUGGCUGGACCGUAGGACCUGAUCGCCUUUUAAAGCACCUGAGAACGGUUCACCAGAACUCAGUAUACCAUUGUGCAACAGCAGCUCAGGAAGCGGUGGCCUGUGGAUUGGAGAAAGAGUUGGAGCGCUUCGGGAAGCCGGACAGCUAUUUUGUUCAGCUCCCUCAACGCCUGCAGCAGAAGCGGGACUUUCUAAUUCAGAAUCUGGUGGCCGUCGGCAUGAAGCCCAUUGUUCCCGAAGGCGCCUACUUUUUGAUGGUAGACCUUUCACCAUUCAAAAUUGAACUGCCUGAUCAAGCAAAUUCUGAGGAGCCCUAUGAUUCUCGGUUUGCGGAGUGGAUGAUCAAGAACAAAGGUUUAGCUGCCAUCCCAGUCUCUGCGUUCUACAGCUCCCAGCAGAAGAAGAAUUUUGACCAUUUCAUCCGGUUCUGCUUUGCCAAGGAGGAUUCUACCCUGAAAGCUGCAAGUGACAUUUUGCAAGAAUGGAGUCGACAGAAACCCUGCCUAUAAAAGGAUAGUUUGCAAAAAAAAACUCUGUAGUUACAACACUGGAACAAGUUGGUAAAAGAACAUUUUUUGCUGCUAAUGGCAAGCUGCUUCACAGGCGAUCAAGUGGAUCUCACCUACCAAUUUGCAUAGGCAACAGAUAACUAAUUUUAAUCCUCAGGAAUUGGACAUUUGCCAAUAUAGUGACGACUUUCUUGCUCUACAGGAUCUGUGAACUUCUUGUGUGUUACUGUAUGCAUUUUCAAAGCUUAGAUUUCUAGAUAGGGUUAGAGAGUAAGGUUCUCAUCAUCCUGACGGAAACCAAAUCUUGACCAUCCUAGUUUUCCAGGAUGGGACUAGCUAUUCUGGAAACCCAAGUUUCCAAGCUAGAACUUCCAAAGCUUUUGAGGUGAGUUUUCAAGUAAAAUACAAAAUAAAAAUCCCUAAGUACUAAAUAUAAAAUCCAAUAAAAUCUGGGAACCCAGUCUUGCAAACCAACGCAAACUUCAAAAUUGGCAUUACUUUUGAAGUUUUCAGCUAAAACACACACCAGCGGCUUUGUAGGCUGGAAGAGUCUAGACUUACUUUUCCAAACUCUGCGUCAACAACUUUGCUAAUUGCAUGGAAGAUGCACUGAAAGAAGAAAUCCUCAUGAUGGUACUGGCUAGGAACAGAAAUUAUAGCACAACUGUAACUUAAUAAGGGAUAAGUGAUAGAAUUGAAACUUUUUAGUUCAAGAAAUAUAGCUUCACUACAUAAUGGAGGAGGAAUAUCACAUAAUUCAGGUGCUGAGACCUGGAAAAAUUGUCAGACUACAACUUCCCUAACCCUUGGCCAGCAUAGACGAGAUUUCUCCAGUUAGUCUCAAAUUUAAAACACACAAGCCUAUAAAAUAUUUGUAAUUUUGCAAAACAUUCUCAAUACAAGUUACAGAAGUUUUGUUUUUCACAUCAAACAGCAAUCAAAGCUGAUAAAACUCCACUUUUGGAGAGAGCAGGAACUGGCUCACUGACCAAUUGUGAAACCUAAAUAUUGCUUCUAGAACCUCUUUUUAUCCCCAAGGCUGCUGAAUAAAGGUUUUCACUUUGCCAGAUGA